AUGGUCAUGGACUCCAUCUUGUGCGACGAGCUCCUCCAAGAAAUCUUCCACCGCCUCCCGCCGCGGGGUUUCUCCGCCGUCUCUCUGGUUUCCAAACGGUGGCUUCGCCUACUCCGUUCUUCCACCACCUCCCUCUCCCUCCGUUUCACCCCUCAUCAUAGCCCCACCGUCCUUUCUUUCUCCUCUUUCCUGUCCCACCACCCUUUUCUUUCUUCUCUGUCUGUUACCUCCGUUGCCGGCUGUGGUGACACCUCCAACUUUUCCGAUGAGUUUCUUCUAUUCAUAGCCUCUUCUUGUCCCAAACUACGCACCCUCCGUUUCUUGAUCGGUCCACUCUCUCUCUUAUCUCUUCGUUCUCUCUCCUCUUCUUGCCUUUGCCUCUCUUCUCUCACUAUCACUCUCUCCAGACCCCUCUCUUUUAACUGGCUCAUCCAUUUUCUCUCUCUCAAAGAUCUCUCAAUUUUUUUUACCGCCACCACCCCAGAAUUUAAUCCCAUCGAGCAAUACAGGGAAGGAUUUGAAAACUUCGAUGCUGAAUUAGGAAUUGAAUGUCUUUGUUUAUCCGGGAUUCGAGGCUAUGAUUGUGUGCUUAAUUGGCUAUGGGAUAGAUGUAAAAAGCUCAAGAAACUACAGUUAAAGAGCUGUGAAGGAAUUGGCUCUUUUUCCUCUUUUGCUAAAUGCUUGAAGUGUCUUCAAGAAGUGGAAUUGAGGAGUUGUAGGACUAUAGUUGAUGGGGUUCUGUUAAAAUUAGCUGAGAAUUCUGAAUCUUUGGAUUCACUAUUGGUAUAUGAUGGUGGUAGUAGAGAGGGUUUGCUUCAAUUCAUUACUCAAACCAGGUGUAAUUUGCAAAAACUCGAUUUAAGAUUGCCUCUAGACCUUGAUAACAAUCAUUUGAUGGCCAUGGCUGAGAAUUUCAGGGGAUUAUUGAGUAUAAGGUUACAAAGUUGUUGUCUUGUUACUGGUGAAGGGCUCAAGACUCUUGGAAGAGCUUUGAGUGAUAGCCUUGAAGAGCUGGCUCUGAUAAACUGUGAUGUGGUUGAGAGAGAACCAGGAUUAUUGACCACAUUAGGACAGAACUUGAGACAAUUAAGGAAAUUGGAUUUGUCUUAUAAUGAACUGUUGGUUGAUAAAGAGUUAAAUUCAAUGCUAGUUUCAUGUAAUCAUUUGGGUGAAUUGAAGUUGAGGGGAUGUGAAGGACUGACUAAUGCAGCCAUGGUUUCAGUGUCCAAGUAUUGCAAGCAAUUACAAUGUCUUGAUAUUAUGCAUUGUGUUGGGAUUGAGGUGGACGCAGUCGAGUUUUUGGUUCGAAUUCUCCAAUGCUGA